AUGACUGACUAUUACAACUUUGAAUUGGAGCGACUACAGAAAGCUGAGAGAAACAGUGGGAUCACUCUGCAAUUCUCCAUACCAACUUUGCCAUACUCUACUCCUUACAACCACAGAUGGCCAAUCCCUUUCCCCCCAGCUAAACAUUCAAAGACAGUCCGCAGGCCUUUCCCUCUGUCUCAUGGAACAACGACCUUGGGUUUCAUCUUCCAAGGUGGGGUCAUUGCAGCUGCAGAUACACGUGCCAGUGCUGGGGGGCUUGUUGCCUGUCCAGCUGUUCACAAGAUUACUCCUAUUCACUCCCAUUUAGUCGUCACCUCCUCUGGUAGCGGCGCAGACUGCAUGCUGUGGGAGCGAAUUCUGGCCAGAGAGAUCAGACUCUACCAACUGCGUCACAAACGUUGCCUGUCAAUACGUGGCACUGCCAAGCUCCUUUCAUUUAUGCUGCACCCCUUUAAAGGGACUGAUGUAUGUGUGGCUCUUACACUUUGUGGCUGGGAUAAGAAUGGCCCAAAGCUGAUAUAUGUGUGCAGUGAUGGAGCCCGAUUGCAGGGGGACAUCUUUUCUGUGGGCUCAGGCUCUCCCUAUGCUUAUGGAGUCCUGGAUGGAGGGCUGAGUUGGAGCUUGAGUAAAGAAGAGGCCAUCUCCUUGGCAAGAGAAGCAGUGUUCAGAGCCACUCACAGGGACGCCUACUCAGGAAACAAUGUGGACCUCUUCCACAUCACAGCCCAGGGAUGGAGCCAAAGAAAGAGAGAGGACUUGAAAGAGGAAUAUUAUAGAGAGAUGGAGAGGAGGGUGAAGAUAGUGAAGGAAAGAAAAAGAGUGGCCGCAAAAGAUGCUUCAGGAUGA